AUGCCAUUUUGCCAGGAGGAUUGUAAAUGUAGUUUUAUUGGAUUUCUUGUGGUGGCCAACAGCUUUUUGGAUGGUGGCGAAGGCGAAAAGCUUCAGCAUCUUUUGGAAAGUCGGGCAUCGAGGAUGUCCAAUUGGUUAACUCCUUGGUGGGUUGAUGAAGCCUACCUAAAGUCCCGAAGUCGUCUUCCAACGGGAACUAACACUGCUUUAAUGUUUCCGAGAUGGAAUUAUUCUGGCAUGGAGGGUCAAGUAGAUGCUGCUGCAAAGCUCAUCCAUUCUGCUGCCAAGUUCUAUUUGAAGAUUAUUCAUCAGGAGUUGCCUCGAGACAAGCUAGGGAAAAUUCCGUUGGAUAUGGAACAGUAUAAGUGUCUGUUUGGGACUUGUCGGAUACCUAAUGUAGGGAAGGAUGAGUUGAAAUUCACGGGAGAUGAACGGCGUCCGGGGCAUAUAUUAAUUAUCAGGAAUGGCCAUAUCAUAGAAAUGUCGAUCUUUGAUUCAGAUGGCUGCUUAAGAAGCUUUGGUCAAAUAAAAAAUGAAUUAGCUGGGAACGUUAUCCCUCAGACUGAAGGGGUUUCGGAGUGUCCGGUUGGUUCAUUAACGAGUUGGGGACGCGAUUCUUGGGCUGAAGCUUACGCGGCACUACUAGGAAGUAAUUCAAAGCAGCUUCGUUCCAUAGAAGACAGUUUGUUUGUUGUUUGUCUUGACAGUGAACCUAAACCUUUGGAAGGCAAAUCAGAACUUGAUAUACAGGCUAUGCAGUGCCUACACGGGGGCGGAUCUAAGAGCAAUAGUAUUAACCGGUGGUUUGACAAAUCUGUUCAGUUUAUUGUUGGUUCAAACGGGUUGUGUGGCGUCAAUUUUGAGCACGCCCCUAUAGAUGCAGGUCCGGUAGCGACGUUAAUGGAUUACAUCAGUGACUGCUUCGAUCGCGAUAAUUUCGAAGGAGAGGAUGCUAAAGGUGCAACGCAACCCACUUCUGCUAUUCAGUUUACUGUUUCGGAUAAUUUGCGUAAUAAGGUUUUAAAAGCCAGCGAUGAAUUUGACAGAGUUGCUUGUAACACCGAAGUGAAGAUGUUUACUUUUGAUCAUUUUGGAAAAGAUUUUGCAAGACGUCACAACAUUAGUACGGACAGUUUAAUGCAGAUUGGAAUACAGCUUGCAUACUACAGGAUUUACCACGAACAUCCUCCAACGUACCAGUCCACUACUUUAAGACAGUUUGAAGGUGGCAGGACAGGUAUGGUUCGCUUACCAAAUUUCCAAAUGUCGAUGUUUACAUAUGAAAUGACCGAUGCGGAUGAGAAACCGAGCGAUAAUGAAUUGAUACAUAUGCUUCAAGUUGCUGCCCAGCAGCAUAAAAGCCACACACUGCAGACUAUGAACGGAUUAUCAAUGGAUCGACAUUUGUUGGGGUUACGUCUUCUUGCAGAAGAAGCAGGUGGUAGUAUUCCAAAAAUAUUUAAAAGCGAUGGAUUUAAAAAGAUGCAACGCUACGGUUUAUUAACCAGUCCGUUACCUACUAGACACUUUUUGCCAAUGUGUUAUGGCCCUUCAAACCCAGACUGUUAUACUGUCUGCUAUAACUCUCAGGAGAAUGGAAUUCAUUUUACAGUGACGAAGUUCGAAGGAGGGGGAAGACCAUAUAGUUCUGAAAGGUUUUCGGAAGAAAUCACCAGUGCUUUAAUGGAUUUAUAUAGUCUUUUGUUAAAAGCAGACGUCACCGAUGGAAAAAAUUAG